GUGGCUACGGGUACGGGCCCGUACACCCAACUUGCUCCGGCUACGGUAUGGCACACUGGUCACAUGACAGCUUUGCUUUUCUGACGCUUGCGCAUUGUUUGCACGUGCCGGUGACUGUCUGUACGUGCAGACUUCAAAGUUACCCGCGUAAAUCUCCCCCGCGCAAGUGUGUUCUGACCACCGCCAGUUUCUUUCGCGCCCAAAUGUUUGCGAAUUUCUCAAGCUCGACAAUCAAAGGCAGGUCUAUCAGAGAGCUGACCAGGCAGGAAUGCGGUAGACUGAAGUUUCCUAGUGUGAGUCCAGAGCAGGGUCAGGUCAUCACUGUGUCCAGAAGCACUCUUUUCAGCAACCCCCACACCAGUACUGUGAUGCCCAGUGAGUCUGUGCGCAGAAGACUAGCCGGAAAGAUCAAUCAAGACUGUGACUGUAAAGAUGAAAUCCAGGUUGCUGGAUUCUUGUUUGGUGUAUUUGAUGUAGAUGGAAUUAGAUAGUUCCUAGCAAUACACGAAGCCAAAUCCAUCGCCUCACAGGUAAAUUUGAUUGAUGCAAGAAAGAACACAUUGUUUGUCGUACUGACCCUUGCAUACAUACACUUGACAUGAACUUCACAGGAGCAUGCACGCACAUGUAUCUGGUAAAUAUAAAGGUUUACACAUUCAGUUGGUGCCAACAAUACUGCUGAC